AUGCACUGCAAAGCUACCCUCUUCGCCCUUUGGGCUGUCCCUGCGCUGGCUGGACAAGGUGGCUCUCACAUGAGUGCCCCGAAUCUGGCUGAUUAUUGUUUCUAUUCGAUCUAUUCCUCUCUGGCAUCCUAUACCUUUGUCGGCAGUACCACCAUCUCUUCUGGUUCUUCUGGAUCCUCCAACUCUUCAUCUGCCUCUCAUGGCUCGUCGGUGGCAUCGACUUCCCACGGAUCCAGAAUGGUCAGGCGAGGCCAUAAAGGCGGCUCUACUACGACCGGAUUCUGUCAGGCACCAGUGGAGGUGAUGUCCCUCUAUGCCAGUGCAAAGGUGUACUGCAACAAGAAAGCACUGGCUGGUCUGCAGUCAUACUGGGAAUAUCUUUGCGAGCAGGACAGUCUGACCUUGAUGGAUCUGAGCAGCGCAGAGGCAAAUGCAACAGAUGCUUAUAUUGCUUCGUUGCCAAUUAUUGAUCCUUCUGUCAACGAUACUACAUCGACUGGAACGAUUGAAUCGCCUGUUCUUCUUAGUCGAUCGUAUUUCAACAGAGCUUACAAGUCUUAUGUCACUCACGACUAUGCCCUGGCCAAGGACAAGCGAUUUGGAUGGGGUAUUAUGGGCUACUGGGGAGGAGUACUUGUGAUCGGGAUCAUCAUUCGAGGAUGGAACUUCCUCGCUGACAAGAGAAGAGGAUCUCGCUGGGAUGCAGAGAAGGGCACGGCACAGUCCAAGCCAUGGGGCCCACUGGGGACUGUCCUUCACUUUCUGCGGACGUACAUCAUCAUCCCAGCAAGUUUCGCUCCGCGACUGACGUAUCAUCAACAACUCUUGUUCUGGCACACCAUUCCCAAGAGAAUCGAUUCAUUGAUCGUGUUUGGCUUCUGGGCAGUGACCAUCAUUCUCAGCUGUGUGGAUUAUCAGAGUUUCUCUGGAAAUAUUAGCACACCCAAUCUGGCCCAGCAGAACUGGCAAUAUUCCUCUGAUCGCACUGGCAUUCUAUCCUAUGCCUGUCUGCCCUUCUUAUGGCUAUUCAGUGGGCGCAACAACAUCUUCCUUUGGGCGACUGACUUUAGUGUUCAGUCGUUUAACAUCUUCCACCGUCAUGUUGCGUGGGCGUGUACGCUUUUGGCAAUCGUGCAUUCCAUUGCAUAUACCGUGGUGUUUAUUCUAUAUGAUGGUCGAUUCCAAAGUGCCUGGAAGCAGAACUACUGGUAUAUGGGUGUUGUGGCCACAAUUGCGAUGUCUUUCAUGCUCGUCCAAUCGACCACGAUGCUCCGGCGCAAGUUCUACGAAUCGUUCCUGAUCAUCCACAUUAUAUUGGCCAUUCUGACUAUCUACGCCCUCUUCCGCCACACCAGCUUCGAUGGAACCACCUAUAACGGCUAUCUCUGGCCGAUGGUGGCAAUCUGGGGCUUCGACCGAACAGUCCGGCUAGUUCGAAUUGCGUAUUGCAACAUCCACAUCCGUCUCGGGCAGCAAUUUAUCGCCACCACCCGCUCGACCGUUGGAUAUAAUGAAGAAAGUGACCUGGUCAAGAUCGAGAUCCGUCCGGCUUCCAAGACACUCACUCCGGGUGCUGGGCAGCAUUACUAUCUCUAUCAACCAUUUACGCUGAAGGGAUGGGAGAACCAUCCGUUUACACUCGGUGCUUAUACUUCUGUGAAGACAGAAGUUGUCUCUGAGCAUAACUUGAUCUUCUACAUCCGCCCGUAUGACGGUUGGACACGACGUCUUCGCGAUGAGUGUCGCAAGCGGAAUGGCCCCAUCCAUCCCACUCUUCUUCUUGAAGGGCCAUAUGGACACCAAGCGCCACUUCAUACGUUUGACACCGUCUUGAUGAUCGUUGGCGGGACCGGUAUCGCCUCAGCUGUUCCAUAUAUCCAGGAUCACAUCUCACGUGUCACGAAGGGAACGACCAAGACAACAAAUGUCCAUCUGGUCUGGUCUUCGCGGCAGAAAGAAAUGUUCACCGAUGUCUUUUCUGAUGAUAUCUCCGGUGUACUUCAACACGGGCAUGUCAACACCACCUUCUUCUGCACCACCGCCAACGUUCAGACACCUACAAGCGAUUCCGACUCAUCCAAUACUCAAGAGACUCCGGAGAGUUCCGAAAAGAUCGGACCGAUGGUGAAGUCCGUCCCAGACCCCGACGUCCAAAUCUGCUCUGGACGACUGAACGUACGAGCGACGGUUUCCGCGGCCGUGGAAGAAGCACAGGCGAGUUCGGCCAGUCUAGCUGUGAUGACAUGUGGGCCAGCGAGGAUGGCGGAUGAAUGCCGGGCAGCUGUAUGCGAUGCCAGGAGUGGUGGAUUUAGAAAUAUUCAAUAUUUUGAAGAGGCCUUUGGGUGGUGA